UGCAUUUGAAAGACGCGGGCGUGAUCGAGAGACAGUAAGCGAAUGGUUGCUCAGCUUUCUGGUCUUUGGCUCAGCAGCCCCUCAUUAAGUGGACAUUCUCUCCGGUGCCGGAGCAGACCAACGCCGACGUCUACUGCUGCCGCGACUCCGCUUCCAUCUCCGUCUACUAUUCAGAUUGUAGGUGAGAAAUCUCCAGGUUGGUAUGGAAAUGGGAGUUCAAUUACCAGGGACACAUUUGAGGGUUGCCAAGUUGAAUAUGAUUGGAAUGAAAUAGAAGAUGAUCUUUAUCAUUGGACAAAGACAUUACGUCCUGUGCAGUGGUAUCCUGGUCAUAUUGCAAAAACUGAAAAAGAACUUAAGCAACAGCUGAAAUUGAUGGAUGUGGUGAUAGAGGUUCGAGAUGCGAGGAUCCCGAUGUCCACAAGUCAUCCACAGAUGGAUUCAUGGAUUGGUAAUAGGAAAAGAAUUUUAGUUUUAAAUAGAGAAGACAUGAUAUCCACCACAGACCGGAAUGCUUGGGCAACUUAUUAUGCUAGGCAGGGAACAAAGGUUGUCUUCUCCAAUGGAAAGCUUGGGAUGGGGUCCAUGAAGCUGGGCAGGUUAGCGAAGACAUUAGCAGCUGGUGUGAAUGUAAAACGCAGAGCCAAAGGAUUACUUCCUCGUCCAGUUCGAGCUGGAAUAGUUGGGUACCCAAACGUUGGUAAAUCAUCUUUGAUAAAUCGUUUGUUGAAGCGCCGGAUGUGUCCAGCAGCUCCAAGGCCUGGUGUUACAAGAGUACUGAAAUGGGUUCGUUUCGGGACAGAUCUAGAGUUGUUAGACUCCCCUGGUAUAAUCCCAAUGAGAAUCAGUGAUCAAUCAGCAGCGAUAAAGCUUGCUAUAUGCGAUGACAUUGGGGAGAGAUCCUAUGAUGUUGUUGAUGUGGCAGCCAUUCUUGUACAGAUGCUUUCAAGGCUUCCAGCAGUAGGUGUGUUUCCUUUCUACUCUUAAUAGACAUUUGUCAUUUGCACGUAACAAAGCAUUGCCUAACCAGUAACAAUUGAUGUAUAUUGGGAAUAUGUACUGGCAAUGGCCAGUCAUCUUAUGUACCAAGCCAAGAUAUCACUGUGAAUUUCAUUUAAAAUUUGAAGUGUUCGGAUCUUACUUGCAGUGUUGGUUCUGAUCUUGGACUGAAUUAAUAAGAUGCAGAAGAUGGAGCGAGUUUUGAGGACUGUGACGCAAUUUAGCCCUCUAGCUCUAAAUCGUUGUUUCUAUUUUUAUACAUUAAGACAAUCCCAGCAAUUAGAUUUGCUGUCCAAAGAAAAGCAUGAUAAUUUAGACACUUUUGCUUGAUGCUCAUACUGUUGCAGUUUUCUCAAUGUUAUCUCUUCCUAUUAUUAACUCUUUUGGUUUUGGUAGGAAACAAAGCUCUUUAUGACCGCUACAAGAUUGUUACAGAUGGUCGCUGUGGUAAAAUGUAGGUUUAAAUCUAUAUUGCGCAAUGCCCAUUGUUUUGACUGAAUAAACUGAUGACUAAUACAGGACAGAAAAUAUUCUGGAAGCAAGCUUAGCACAUGUGAUUAAAAUUAUACUUGUGGAUUUCAGGAAUUUUGUGGAUCGGAAGUCAAAUGGACAUUUUCAGUCUUUUUUAUCCUGAUUUAGAACUUUUAAUAUGUGAAAUGCAGAUAUGUUCAGAAGCUUGCGCUUCAACUCUUCAGUGGGAACAUUAAUCAAGCAGCAUUUCGUGUCUUGUCGGACUUCCGGAAAGGUAAAUUUGGUUGGAUUGCUCUUGAGAGACCCCCCCAGAUAGUGCCGUAGGUUGUUUGCUUUGAAAGGCCAGACUGUCCUCUGCUUGUAUUGGCAUUCUUCAAAUAGCUUUAAGAAUGCUAGAGGUCUUCAGUAUCUGAAGCUGGAAACUUGGGUCGAGCAUUCAUCUUCCUAGGGAAGAGGCGGUGCUAAAGAGUUCCAGAUGAGUGUGAGGAGGCAGCAAAACUGGGUCCAUCUAAAAAGGCCUGAUCUUGAGAAAGUCACCAGACAAGGCUACCGCUAUGUUUGGUAUUAGUCUGUGUGCUUUUACUUUACGCAGGGACAGUGUUUGGAAUCAUGUAAAUAAGGCCAAUAUCACCUAUGCACCAUGUAAAGAUUUCAGAAUUUAUUUUGCAGAAUUUCAGAGUUAUGGAAGAUAAAGAGAAUUAUGUUUUGACUUUGAUGCCCGUGGUUUGGGAGUGAUUGUGUAUCGAAUGUUUACAUUGCAACCAUGAGUUCAAAGGGUGUAUUGUUGUUAUAAUUCCGUGUUACCAAAAAAG